AUUCCGAGAAUCUACAAGAAGAUAAAAAAAUACGAGAUUGGAUCCAAAAUUAUAUACAAAAAAAUAUUAGAAUAUCCUCUGGUGUUGAAGGAAUUGGACGGAUAAAGAUUCAAAAAAGAAUCGAUCUGAUUCAAGUCAUAAUCUAUAUGGGAUUUCCAAAGUUAUUAAUAGAGGGUAAGCUGGAAGAAUUACAGACGAAUAUGCAAAAAAAACUGAAUUGUGUGAACCGAAAACUUAACAUUGCUAUUACAAGAAUUGCAAAUGCUUAUAAACAUCCUAAUAUUCUUGCAGAAUUUAUAGCCGGACAAUUAAAAAAUAGAGUUUCGUUUCGUAAAGCAAUGAAAAAAGCUAUUGAAUUAACUGAACAAGCAGGUACAAAAGGAGUGCAAGUACAAAUUGCGGGACGUAUCGAUGGAAAAGAAAUUGCACGUAUCGAAUGGAUCAGAGAAGGUAGGGUUCCUCUACAAACCAUUCGAGCUAAAAUUGAUUAUUGUUCCUAUACAGUUCGAACUAUUUAUGGGUAAUAGGCACUUGAGCCCGCUUGGAUCACGUCUAGACAAAUAGAAGCGGGACGGCGAGCAAUGUCACGAAAUGUCCGACGAGGUGGACAAAUAUGGGUACGCAUAUUUCCAGACAAACCAGUUACAGUAAGACCCACCGAAACGCGUAUGGGUUCGGGAAAAGGAUCUCCCGAAUAUUGGGUAUCUGUCGUUAAACCUGGGAAAAUACUUUAUGAGAUGGCUGAUAACAGCGGAGCCCGCGAAUUGAUGUGUAUUCGAAUCCUAGGAGCUAGUAAUCGACGAUAUGCUUAUAUUGGUGACAUUGUUGUUGCUGUAAUCAAGGAAGCAGUACCAAAUAUGACCUUAGAAAGAUCAGAAGUGAUCAGAGCUGUAAUUGUACGUACUUGUAAAGAACUCAAACGUAGCAACGGUAUACUAAUUCAGUAUGAUGAUAAUGCUGCAGUUGUCAUUGAUCAAGAAGGAAAUCCAAAAGGAACUCGAAUCUUUUGUGCAAUCGCACGGGAAUUGAGACAGUUAAAUUUCACUAAAAUAGUUUCAUUAGCACCCGAGGUAUUAUAAAAUUAUAAGGCAAAACCGUGAUAUGGAUAUAUUU